GAGCAGGUAACCUCUAGCCGGCCAGCAGCGGGGUUAUGUCGGGUUAGUGCCGGGGUCCGUCACACAGAUCACACAGGAGAACCGGCUGGUUUUAUUGAGAGAGGCGGCGGGUUUGUUUGCGGCGGUAAAAGCCAGUUUGGGUGAAGUUUAUCGGCACCGUGCGGCUCCGUCCUGCGUCACGCCGCUGCUGUCGGAGCGCGUCGGCGGGUCAACACGGUCAGGCGCUAGCUGCUGCUGAAAACACCUGAAAACACCUGAAAGCCAGGCUGAAGAGGCCAUGGCAGACCUGGGCAUCAAAGCAGGAGACAAGGUGAUGGUGGUUUGGACGCAGCCCUCAGCACCAGAGGCCUUGAAAGAGAUGGUGGAGAGCUUCAACUCCACUGUUGGAGCAGACGGCCGCGUGUCAGUGGAGAACAUGGAAUGGCUGUUGCGUUCCUGCCAUGCGGCGUCCUCGUUCGACUGGGUGCUGUCCUGCCUGCUGGCUGACAGCUCCUCCAUCCACCAGCCUGACACACUGGCAGAGAUCGCCAGAAUCCUCAAACCUGGCGGGAGGCUCAUCCUGGAGGAACCAGUUACAGGAGUUGAGAGUCAAAUUGUGAGGACCGUUGAGAAGCUGACAUCUGCUCUGAAGUUGUCUGGCUUCAUGUCGGUGGCAGAGGUUAGCAAAGGAGAGCUGACUCCAGAGGCGCUGAGCUCCCUCAGGACGGCCACAGGUUACCAAGGAAACACCUUGUGUCGGCUCCGCAUAUCAGCCUCCAAACCCAGCUUUGAGGUGGGAUCAUCCCAGCAGCUUAAACUGUCUUUCGGCAAAAAGACAGCUAAGCCAGCUGAGAAACCCGCUCUUGAUGCCAACACCGCCAUGCUGUGGAACAUCUCUGCCAACGAUUUGAAUGACGACGAUGUGGAGCUGGUGGAUUCUGAUGCUCUGCUGGAUGAAGACGACCUGAAGAAACCGGACCCAGAAUCUCUGAGAGCGCCCUGUGGAACCGGAGCUGGCAAGAAGAAGAAAGCCUGCAAGAACUGCUCAUGUGGCCUUGCUGAGGAGUUGGAACAAGAGUCCUCAGGAAAGAAGAAACCUCCGGGCAAAUCUGCAUGUGGAAGCUGUUAUCUGGGCGAUGCCUUCCGAUGUGCCAGCUGCCCGUACGCGGGUAUGCCAGCGUUCAAGCCAGGAGAAAAGAUUAAGCUGGACUCAAAGACACUGAUGGAUGCCUAAAAGCCCACAGCUCACAUCUGUAUUUCAGCCUGCAGCACACGACAUUCCUUUGUAUUCCAUCCAGCCGGAGACGCCCCUGAAGCCCAAGGAGACACUCAGUAAAUGUGAAAAUGUUGCUCUGAGCGAUGCUUUUUAAAGUCGACCUCACAGUAAAUAUGCAUAUUUUUCUGCCCUGGAUCUUGGUGAGACGGCAGCAGCUGUUUGACUGUUUCAGAGCAAGCACUGCACUGCACAGAAACUUUGCCCUCGCACAUUAAAAUAAGAAAAUGUUCCUCUGAGAUUGAGGGACGAGCAGUUCAGCCUUAACAGUCUGUCUGAUUUAAAAAGAAAAGUAAAGCUUUGAUGCUUAUGAUUUUCCCAACUAUUCAAAAUGUGGGAUUUUUCCAAGGGUUUAAAUGAGUACCUGCUGAGCACCGACUAAAUCUGACUACUGAGCCAAUUAUAACAUAAUCUAUAACUACAUAAUCACCAUAACUCUUGCACCGUUUACACAGAGGCAUCCAUGCAGAGCUGCAUUAUUAUGUUGUAUUUAUCUGUAUAGAAAGACAUUUUGGCAAUGAUAGAUGCUCUUGAGUGUUUCCUUUUGACACAAUAAAGUCAGUUAUUGUGUUCAUAUAUUUA